AUGUCGGAUGCGGAUGCUAUCGAAUUUGCGAAAGAAGAUGACAUAGACGUUAAUGGGAUAUUUUAUAUGUCCAGGAGGGAAAGGCUAAUAAGUGAAGAAAUUAAGCUUCGAAUGUUUGAAGAUGGUGGUGAAUAUCGGGUAUAUGCUUAUGAUGAUAAUGAAUGGCAAAAAA